CUGCAUUGACUCUCUUUUUCCUCCUGGCUCUAGGUCGUCAACGUUGGUCUAUAUGAGGCAGACGGACGUACUAGGGAUCCCAGGGCUGACCAGGCAUAUUCACCACAGCCAGUCAUAAAGGCCCUCUGGAAAAUACUCGAUCAAAAAAUUGAAGAUUUCAAAGUACGAAGAACAUGAUUCUCAUCAUCUUCUGGCCUGUUCUCGUUGUGUUUACACCACAUCUUCUCGGAACCUUACCAUCUCUGGUACCAAAACCAAAGUAUAGAAAAGUGGUAGCAAAAUCAGGUGCUGAGCGCACGUUUACUGUCACCGUACUUUACACCUCUAUCCGUGAACCGUCCACCUCAUCUCAGACCACCAUAUUUGAAGAUUCAACUGAACAACAAGAUGGCAGUUCAACUCAAGAGUCCGGGAAAGUCCUCCUACGGACGACGACGAUCGUGUGAUUGGGUCAAGACACACUGACCACUGAGAGUGGAGAAGUGACAGUCGUCCACACGGGUCGGGGCAUGCAGAAGAUUAUACUUUUCCUGAUGCUUGCAGAACGACUGCUUGAGCCGCAACAUCAAGGACGGGACCUUCAGAAGCCGCUAUUUUGGAACAUUUGGCCGACCUUUUCCCGUUGCAUUCCGUAACACGUUCCUGACAUUCUUGAUUCGGUCACAGACUCACGGGACGGGACCUAUGACGAGG